GACAAAGAAAAAAACCACUGGAACGAAACCGACCAGUCAGGAGAGCCAUCUACUGGAAAAUUGAAUAUAAACAUAACAAGGGAAAUAACUUAUACACCACUUCCAUCGUGGUCUAAUUCGAUUCUUAAUUAAGGUGCUUAAUUAACGAUCACUGGCUCGUUUAUAUCUGAAUACGAAUAUCACAUCUGAGACUUUUAUUCCAAGGAAGACGAGGCAUCUACAAAGCACAUUCAUCAAUAAAUCAACUACUUUAUAUAAGUAAAAUCUAUGAUGAACAAUUGGAAAAUAUUUCUUCUGGACGAUGGUAUUAACAGCAACAUUUUCUUGUCUUCGCUGUCUGGAAUGUAGAGGAGGUGAUUGCUUUACAGGUUAAUUAAACUUGGUUAACUUUACAAAGGACUUGACAGUUUUACAUCUGUUUUGGAUAUUACGCAAGAUCACAGACGAAAGAAACAUAAGAUUAAAUUAUUUUCUGGGAAUAGUGACACAACCAAUCACAAACAUAUUCAUAGGAAUGACAGAAACAUUAUCAUUGUGACAUGUAUGACAAAUUAUUCUCUUAGAAUGAAUAUAACUAAACCAAAAAUCCCUGAUACAGGAGAGAAGCCAUAUUACUUUGAUAUCUCUGGUAAAUCAUUUUGUCAAAGCAGUGAGUUAUCAGUACACAAACGUAUUCAUACAGGAGAGAAAGCAUAUCAUUGUGAUACCUGUGGUAAAUCAUUCAUUUGUAGUAGUCACUUGGCUUGUCACAAGCGUAUUCAUACUGGUGAAAAACCAUAUCACUGUGAUAUCUGUGGUAAAUCAUUCUCUCAGAUUGGUCACUUGACUAGACACAAGCUUACACAUAUAGGAGAGAAGCCAUAUCAUUGCGAUAUCUGUGGUAAAUCAUUCUCUGAAAGUGGUGACUUGACUAGACACAAACGUACACAUACAGGAGAGAAGCCAUAUCAUUGCAAUACCUGUGGCAAAUCAUUCUCCCGUAGUAGUCACUUGACUAGUCAUCACCGUAUUCAUACUGGGGAAAAACCAUAUGAAUGCAAUAUAUGUGGUAAAUCAUUGUCUUCUAAUAGUCACUUGAUCAGGCACAAACGUACUCAUACUGGGGAAAAACCAUAUCAGUGUAAUAUCUGUGGUAAAUCAUUUUCCGGAAAUUGCGCUUUAACUAUACACAACCGUGUUCAUACAGGAGAAAAACCAUAUCAGUGUGAUACCUGUGGUAAAUCAUUUUCCGGAAAUUGCGCUUUAACUAUACACAACCGUGUUCAUACAGGAGAAAAACCAUAUCAGUGUGAUAUCUGUGGUAAAUCUUUCUCUACAAAUGGUGUCUUGACAAAACACAAGCGUAUUCAUACAGGAGAGAAGCCAUAUCAUUGUAAUAUCUGUGGUACAUCUUUCUCUAGCAAUGAUGUCUUGACAAACCACAAGCGUAUUCAUACAGGAGAGAAGCCAUAUCAUUGUAAUAUCUGUGGUAAAUCAUUUUCUGAAAAUAGCAGUGUAACUAGUCAUAAACGUAUCCAUACUGGGGAAAAACCAUAUCAGUGUGAUAUCUGUGGUAAAUCAUUCUCUCGAAGUGGUGACUUGGCUAAACACAAACGUACACAUACAGGUGAGAAGCCAUAUGAAUGCGAUAUCUGUGGUAAAUUAUUGUCUUCAAAUAAUUCCUUGACUACACACAAACGUAUUCAUACUGGAGAAAAACCAUAUCAAUGUGAUAUCUGUGGUGAAUCAUUUUCCGAAAAUCGCGCUUUAACUAUACACAACCGUGUUCAUACAGGAGAAAAACCAUAUCAGUGUGAUAUCUGUGGUAAAUCUUUCUCUACAAAUGGUGUCUUGACAAAACACAAGCGUAUUCAUACAGGAGAGAAGCCAUUUCAUUGUAAUAUCUGUGGUAAAUCUUUCUCUAGAAAUUAUGUCUUGACAAACCACAAAUUUAUUCAUACAGGAGAGAAGCCAUAUCCUUGUAAUAUCUGUGGUAAAUCAUUCCAUGCAAAAGGCCACUUAAGUAAACAUCUGAAUAUUCAUACACAGGUGUAACAGUAUCAAUAUCAAAAUUUAUUACAACAGGACAACAAUUAUGAAUAUUUUGUCUGCUAAAAGACAGGGUUUAUUCCUCUCCAAGCUUGACAUUAUCAACUUCAAUUGCAUCAAUAUCAAUAUGAGAUUCAUGAAUAUCAACCUUAACAUCAUGUAUGUAUUUAAAUAUAUCAACACAGAAAUGACUUUGAUUUCUGAAGAUGAUCGUGCUGGAUUUUUGAGGAAUUUCUUGGAAAAUAAUGAAUAAAAGUUUUAAGUGAUAUUGA